AACUAAAGCAGACAGAUGUAGAGACAGAGAGAUUCACACAGAGAUCAUUCAGCAGAAAGAAGACUGAACUCAACUCACAAUGAAGAUCCUCCUCAUCUUCCUCACUUUCUACCUGAUCUCAGCUGCAGUGAGAUGCUUUAGCGUCACGGGAUAUUCUGGAGCAAGUGUUCUGGUGGAUUCUGGGAAACUUUGGUUCAGUGCAAAUGUUAAAUGCAUGAACAAAUUACCUGACUCUGCUAAAUAUAUGGCCAAAUUACCUGAGUGGACAAAUAUAAUGAAUAAUACGAAACAUGACAAAUGGAUCAAUGUUGGAAAAUUCACAUUGUUUCAAAAUAAUGAGGGAAACCUCAUGAUCUACAUCAGAGAUUUGAAGGAACAUGAUGCUGGAGGAUACUGGAUCGGUGUUCUUUACAAGUGGGGUAUAGAUAUGACUUUACAUGUGGAAGAAGAUUCAUGUUGUAAAGUAUCAAGGAGAGUGAUGGUGAAUGUUGGAGAAACUGCCAGUUUCAGCUGUGAAUAUUCACAGAAUCAAAUUAAUGAUGCCAAGAUCAUCUUCAAAGAAGGAAAAGAGUAUAUUGAGAUGAUUUACAGCAGAUGGAAGAAGAAAGAAAGAUUCAGUAUUUCUGAUGACAAACAUAAAAACAUCUUCAGUGUGAGGAUCACUGCUGUGACACCAGAUGAUGGAGGAGUUUAUUUAUGUGGAGUUUGGAUCGACAAACAAUCAUACAAUUACUCCAUUAUUAAUACUGUUCAUCUUCAUGUUAUGAUGCCUCCAGUAGUGAGAGAUGAAGGAGAAUCAGCUGAGAUCAUCUGUCCUUAUGAUUCAAUCUAUAAAUCAAAGCCAAAGUCUCUCUGUAAGGGGAAGUGCUCCACUAGAGACAGAAAUCCUCUCAGUGAGACUGUGAGAGAAGAGAAAGAGACCAAGACUGGCAGAUUGACUCUGAAUGAUGACGUCACUGCAGGGGUCUUCACUGGGACCAUCACUGGACUGACAGCAGAGGAUGCUGGGAAAUACUGGUGUGCAGUGACAUUAGAAACAGAGCUCAAUUAUCUUUACACUCAUCUGAUCGUCAUCAUGAACGAGGAGCUGAACUUGACUAAGUAUGAAGGAGAGGACGUGUCAAUCCAGUGCAAACAUCAUGAUGAAGAUCAGAAACGCUUCUGCAAAGCACAUGAAGCCUCCAUGUGUGUGAAGGAUGGAGUUUCAUUGGAGAUGAUCAGAGAUGAUCGAUUCUCUUUCAGUGAUGAAGCAUCUACUGGAGUCUUUACUGUGAACAUCACUGAUCUGAGAGAAGAGGAUUCUGGGACAUACUGGUGUGGUGCUCACAUCAUCAUUAAAGUCAGUCUCACUGUUAAAACAGAUUUCACCUUGUUCAACUUGAUUUGUGUUUCUUCAGCUCUGAUGCUGAUUGGGGGAUUCUGUCUGAUUAUGUGUAAAUUAAACCUGAAUGAGAACAUUGUGUUAUAUAAAGCAUAUGUGACCCGUCACGGAAACCAGUGACACAAAUCGGCGGCACAACUUUCGAGCAAAAUGAGAAAGAAGCUUUUUUUUUUUUUUUCAAAAUUGGUGAUUUUCGUUUUUUUGCAGAAUGUGUUAGUUGAGAUCACAAAGAAGCCUCUCAGAGUUUGAGAUAGCA